AUACGAUACGAGUCAUGAUAUUAAAGGCAAAAACAGAGGUUUGAUAUCGUGCAAUGUUAAAUGCACAUGUUAAAAACAGAGAAACACUACAAAUACUGCUCUGCUUCCUCUGAAGCCUCUACUCAUGGAUUCUCCUUCACUACAUCCUUCCAUUCUCCACCUACUACUAGCCCAACCGCCACUGCCGACGACAUCUUCCUCCGGCCGCCACCAGUCCUUCCCGCCCCCUCGCCUCCCUCGACCACGCGGACGGCGCCAUUAACCAAACGCCGAAGCUCCACGACGAAGUAGGAACCAACUCCAAGUGCUCGCUCUCUUCCUUCUUCGGCCUCGCAAACACGCGUAAAAAGGCAACGAAGGCAAAUCGAGGGGAGCGGCGAUGGAUGGCGAGAACGGGAAGGAGAAGAACAGAGGGAGAUUGGUCAACAUGAGCAGGCUCCUGAAGAAGUACUACGCGAGCGUGAUGCAGCCUCUGCUGUUCGUUAAAGGGGAGAAAGAAAAGGAGAAGGCGCUGCAGAGGAGGCCGUGCUCAUUCUCCGGCGACCCCGGUUUCAAGGAGCAGGGGAGGAGAGGAAAGCAGAGGAGGAAAACAGAGCAGCUGCGGUCGGCGCCGGAGUCCGCGAGGACGCCCCGCGCCAACAGCGGGGCGCUGGCGUCGUCGGUUUUCUCGUCCUCGAACGGAAGCACGAUGGAGGAGCUGCAGAGCGCUAUACAGGCGGCGAUCGCGCACUGCAAGAACUCACUUGCGAAUUCCGAGCAGCAAGGGAAUGAGAAUCUGGCUGGCUGACGGCGAGAGGCGGCCUGAGAUCAGUCGAUUGUUGAAGGGCGAGAAAAAGAGGUGAACAAUUUGUUUUUUUCGUUGGAAGUUUGAGAAAUUAAUGUGAAUGAAUUAAUCAGUCUAUUAAAUUUAA